CCCAAACCCCCCAAACCCCCAACCCCCAACGACCACCACCAGUUAUUUUCCACACUCUUCACUCUACUCACCCCCACUCUUCUGCUCUUUAUACCCAUCGCCGGAAAACUCGUACCCCACCGAAACGAUGCGUUUCCUGCUCUCUCUUCUCCCUCUCCUCGUCCUCCUCCUCUGCUCGCCUUACUCCGCCGCCGCCGCCGCCGCCGCACAGAAACACACUCCACAGCACAACCCAGCAUCAACUCUCGUCCGUUCAUCAUGUCGCCACGCCACCUACCCCAAAAUCUGCCUCCGCACACUCUCCGACUACGCCGGCCCCGCCAAGACCCCCCGCGACCUCGCCCAGGCGUCCGUGAGCGUCAGCCUUGCCCGCGCCCGCCGCGUCUCGGGCUUCCUCGCCCAGCUCUCCGCCAACUUCCAGGGGACAAAGAGGCAGCGCUCGGCGAUAGGCGACUGCGUGGACCUGAUGUCGUCGUCGGUGGACGAGCUGAGCGAGACGCUCGGCGAGCUGCAGCACCUCCGGGAGGAGACGUUUCUAUUCCAGAUGAGCAACGCCCAGACGUGGCUCAGCGCCGCCCUCACGGACGACGACACGUGCCUGGACGGGAUUCAGGAGGCGGAUGUGAAGGCCAAGGCCGCGGAUGUGAAGCGGAAGAUUAAGAAUGCGGCUAGGGUUACGAGCAACGCGCUGUACCUGAUCAAUCGCCUUGACGAGAGCCGCGGACGGCCCAGAUCUAGACCUUGAUGAAGAUCGUGAUGAUGGACGGCUGUGAUUCUGUCAGUAUGGGUCUCAGUGUCGGUCCAUGCCGACGAUGGUGUCGUACUUUCUUUUUAGUGUCUACUUUUUUUUUUUUUGUAAAAUCUUGUUCAAGUUGUUAACGAGUAUAGUAAUGAUGCUUACAUAUAUAAUAUAAAAUCUUUUGUUAGUUUUGGGAUAUUUUACUUAUCAAGAUCUUAUUUAUUUUAAAAGUAAUAUUUGUAAGCGAUAGAUUGAUCGAUAGAUUGAUCUGAUGAGUGAGUGUUUCCGGUGCACUCACUUACAUUUAAAAAUAAUAUUUGUAAGUGAUGGAUUGAUCUGAAGCGUGGUUGUUUGAUGAUUAUUUUACUUAUCAAGAUCUUAUUUAUUUUAAAAAUAAUAUUUGUAA